CGUACGUAAUGAUUACAUAUCUUGGAAUUGAAUUACGAAGACAAUCAAUUAUGUAAGUGAUACGCUGACAUUAACGUAUUUUUUAUACCCUACGGUGCACCUUUGUUCUGGCAACCUUGCACUAGAUAAAUGUUGUUAAAAAGUGAACGUAAUUUUACAAACAUUAGUUUAUUUAUAGCUAUGUGUGCUUUAAUAGUUAUUUUCUUGGUUGCCGCACUGAUGACGGUGGAGUCACACGAUGAAUACGAAAGUGCAUUAUUUCAAAGGACACAGUUGUUGGAAAGAGGGUUAAAUAUGAUGCUUGGAAAUGAUUUACAAUUAAGUGAUGCUGAAGAACAGGUAAACGAAUAUAUUAUGGAGUUAAAACGAGAUGAAGUUGACUUUGGUUUUUCGCACCCACAACAUUUUAAUUAUUCAAAACAUUUUUUUGAAUAUAAGGAUGACGUGCAGCACACACAGCUUUUUAAAAUUAUAAAACAAAUGCCUAAAGGUGCAUUGCUUCAUGCACACGAUACAGGUAUGCUAGGCCCCGACUACGUCCUGACACUGACUUAUUUGGAAAAUCUAUACGUUUGCUUUGAAGAGGAGUCGGUAAAAUUUUUAUUUGCAAGGGAGUUACCGACGUCAGAUUGUUCAACGCAAUGGCAGUUAAUGAGAGAUGCCAGAUAUUCUUCGGGGAAUGUUGAAAAAUUCGAUGAUAAUCUUAAAAAGUAUUUCACUCUUGUCAUUGAUGAUCACAGUGAUAUAUAUACUGAUAUAAACAUUGUCUGGGAACAAUUUCAAAAUUACUUUAUACGCACCACUGAUUUGUUUACAUAUGAACCAGUGUGGGAGCAAUAUUUUUACGACACAUUAAAAGCUCUAAGAGAAGACAAUGUCAUGUACCUUGAAAUUAGAAGUGUUCUGCCUGGCCUCUAUGAUUUGGACGGCAACGUGUAUGAUGAAAUGGAAACACUUGCGUCGUACAAGAGGGUUAUAGACAGAUUUUCCAAAGACUAUCCUGAUUUUUUCGGUGCAAAGAUAAUAUUUGCUCCUUUACGUUCAGUUCAACCGGAAACUGUUAAAGAAUAUUUACAGAAAGCUAAAAUCAUGAAGAGAGAGUACGCAGAUAUUUUUGCCGGAUUCGACUUAGUGGGGCAGGAGGAUUUAGGGAGGCCAACAAAAGAUUUUCUUAAAGAGUUGAUUACUGCAGCAGAGGACAUUGACUUUUUCUUUCACGCAGGAGAAACUAAUUGGUACGGAACGAGUUCAGAUGAGAAUUUAGUAGAUGCUAUAGUCCUCAAUGCUCGCCGUAUAGGGCACGCAUUUGCUUUGAUCAAACAUCCGGUUCUUUUAGAGGAAGUUAAAAAAAGGAACAUAGCUAUAGAAGGUAACGUGAUCUCUAACGUUGUCUUAAAGUUGGUCGAAGAUAUGAGGAAUCACCCGUUGGCUAGUUUUAUUGCUCAAGGCUUGCCUGUGGUGUUAGCUAGUGAUGACCCUGGGAUAUGGGGAGCCGAUCCAUUGUCUCUGGAUUUCUUCGUUACUUUUGUAGGAGUGGCCAGUCGACAUGCAGAUCUUCGACUUCUCAAACAGUUAGCUUUGAAUUCUCUUUAUCAUAGCACAUACUCUAAUAAAGAUAAAAUUGUACACGAGUUUGAUAUCCGAUGGGCUAGAUUUAUUCACAACAUUCAGACAAAUCAUUUGUGAGGGUAGGUAGAUAAAAUUUAAAGCAUUAUUGAGAUUGUAAAGUUAAAUAAUAAAGUAAAUAAUAAACA